AUGGCAUCGAGUUUACGUACAAAAGCAGUUGAACGUUCAAUAAAAAUUAAUUCAGCAGCUUAUUAUUCAUAUGUUGAUGAUAGUAAAAAUCCUGUUUUACAAAGUUUUGAAGCACAAAUAACGGAUUUUAAAAAUUAUGUUGCAAAACAACAAAAAUCAAAUCAAUCAAUUGAUGGUCGAUUAUCAGAAACAUUAUUUCAAUUAUGGAGUCAAUAUCAACCAAGAUUAUCUGUACGAAUGUAUUGUGAAAAAUUAAUGCAUCUUGGUGAAUAUCUUGUUGCAUAUGAAAAAUAUAAUAUAGCAUUAUUUCAAUGUUAUCAAAGAUAUUUAAAUGAAUUUGGUUCAUUUCAUAUGGAAGAUUUUCAAACAAUAGAUGAUAUUGAAGAAAGAUUUUUUCCGCUUGGUCUAUCUGAUGUUACAGCUGAUAUAUCUUUUCGAGCUUUAAUGGGUUGUGCUCUAUGUUUAUUUUAUUUGGCUAUUGAACAAGAUCCAAAAGUACAAUUAGAUGAAACACUUGAUCGAUGUUUAAUAACACUUUCAUUUAUUCGAUUAUUAAUGAAUUUAGCAUUGAAAGAUGAUCGAUGGUCAUGGCUUGUUUAUAAUGGAACAAUUUAUUUAUAUAAAAUGAGUCGUUAUUUAAUGACAUUAGGUUAUUCUUUAAAGGUUGUAGAAUAUCUUGUAUGGGCUGCUGUUAGUACAGAAAUGUGUUUACCAUUAUUAUCUAUUUCAUAUUUACCAUGGCGAUCGACACUUUAUUGUGCAGCAUGUGAAGCAUUUUAUGAUAGUCGAAUAGCACCCGAUGGUGAAAAAGCAAUUGCUGGAGAAAAUUUUGCUCGACGUGGAUUAGAACAAUUUAAAAAUUUACAUGAAUUACAAGCUAUUAGUAUUGAAGGUGAUAAAUGUCAACAAGAAAAUUCUUUUCGUCAUGCAACAAUUAAAAUAGCUACAAUGAUAUUCAAACGUAUGGUAUUUGAAAAUCGUCGAAAAGCAAAAAGUGUAUUACGACCAAAAUUUCGUCAAAAUUAUAGAGAACUUAGUGGUCCAUGGCCAAGAACAUUAACAGAAAAAUUACUUAGUGAUAUGUUUGAUUGUCGUUGUGCACAAUUUUUAGCUAUACUUCAAGCAUUAUCCGAUAGUAAUCGACGUUUAAUAUUAAGUAGUCCAGCAGCAAGUGAACAAGAAAUUGAAAUACUUGAUGUUACAACUGAAUUAUUUUAUGCUGCUCAAUAUAUUUUACAAGUUAAACAUGCAAAUGUUGAUCAAAUAGCUGGAGCAAAUCAAAAUAGUACAUAUCCAAAUAUAACAUUAAAACAAGAUGUUAGUUUAAUUGAUUUGGCUGUUAACGGUCAAUAUGUUAUACCGUUAUCAUAUGUUCUUCAAUUACUUAAAUUAGCAUUUAAUUAUCAAGUUUAUGAUAUAUUUGAAUCAUUAAUGGAACCUAUUAGUGAACUUGUUGAUGGUAGUGAUGGUAAUCAAAUGUCAUUACUUGCUUUAUUACAAAUUCUUUAUGAAAUUGAACAAUGUGAAAAAGAACGUAAACCAAUACAAAAUGUUAAAAAUUUAUCAACUACUAAAGGUGGAAAAGAUACUGAUAAGAAGAAACAAAAACAACGUAGUAAAAGUCCAGGAAAAGGAAAAGAUACAGGAACACGUAAAAGAAGUCCGGAUAAUGGAAAAGGAAAAUUGAAAAAAACAAAAGGUGUUAAAGAUUUAAUUGAUGCUGCUAAAGCAACACGUAUUGUACCUAUUAAAGAAGUUAAAGUUCAAAUUGAUCAACCAAUUAAUGAAGAUGAUGAAGAACGUUCUGUAGAAGAACUACUUGAAGAUUUAUGUUUUUUGUUAUUAACAGAUUCUCGCAUUCAAGAAAAAAUUCAACCAGAUAUUUUGAUUGAUGUUAGUUUAUUAUUAUGGAACAAAUGUCGACCGAUGUUAAGAAAACUUUAUAAUGAACCAAAUGAUAAUCAACGUUGGUUAACACGACUUGAUCAUGAUCAUAUUAAAUGGAUUCAUUUAUGUUUUCAAACACAUGAAAUUAUGUCUCGUUUUAAUUUUGCUAAUGUUGAUUCAUGUGCUUAUGCUGAAUGUUCACUUCGUCUUGGUCAAAUAUUAUUUACUCUUAUUCAACCUAGUCCAUCAGUUGAAGUAACAAUUCGUACCGCUUGUUACAAACAACGUUUAGAUCAAUUACGAGAUUUUUUAAUAAAUAAUUCUGCUAAACCAUUAUUACAAAGUUAUAUGGAAGAAUUUAAACGACAACAAGCGGCACUCGAUGCUGUUACAACAAAAGAAACAAAACAUAUCAAACAACAAUCUCAUAAUGCUAAUAUUCAUUCAUCACUUGAUAAUAAUACAUUAGGAUCAUCUCGUUAUUUUCCAUUAGUUUUCUUUGCUGAACAAUUUUUAGCACGAUCAUUAAAAAUAGUAGCACAAGCACGAUCAAAUCUUAUUCGUUUUGAUGGUUCAUCUAUGUUUGAUCGUAAUUGGUCAGCAAAAACUAAUGAUAAUGAUGAUGAAUUGGAUACAUAUAGUCAAACACGUUUUAUUGCUACACAACCAUUUCUAGCUGAAAAAGGUCAUACAAGCAAAUUAAUUGAUAAUCUUGUUAAAGAUCUUGAUGCUGAAUUACAUUUUGUUUAUUGUCGUGUUGUUGCAUUACUUGAACAACUAUCCGAAGCAAGAGCAUUAAAAAAAGGUCCAAUUGAUCAAUAUUUAAAUGAUGCUCGUGGUAAUUCACAUAAAAAAGCAUUAUUAUGUGCAGCAUAUGCAAGUACUAGACAUGAUGAAACUAUAGCUUCAGAAUAUAUGCAGAAAGCUUAUAAACAUUUAUUAUCAGCUGAAGAAGAAGAUCGUCUUUAUUUUUGGCAUCAUCAAAAUAAAAAAUCUGAAACAACAACAACAACAAAUGUUCCUCGUCCAUGUAUUGUUGCUCGAGGACCUGAUUUUGUUUUUGUUAUGGCACCAGAUUUUGGUUCAUUAUCAAGCAAAGUUGCUACAUAUCGUAUUUUUUGUCGAGCAUCUGAUCGUCCGAAUGCAAAAGCUCGUAUGGCUGAUACAAAUUAUCCUGGCAGUGGUCAACAAAUUCCAGCAAGUUUUAUUAAACCAUUGAAAAUUUCUGGACUUGAUCCUGAUCUUAAAUAUGUUUUUUCAUUAGCAAUAUAUGAUAUUAAUGGACAAUUAAUUGGUGAAAGUGUUAGUGAAUCAACAGAACCUAUAUUAGCUGCACAUCCAAUAUCAUUAUUAUUUAUUCGAUGUCUUCUUUCACAAGUUUCCCAUGAAAUAAAACAAUAUACAGUUGCGAAAAAAGCUUUUCAUUCACUUUGGACAUAUUUUGUACGAACACCAAUGGUUAUUGAAAGUUCAAUACGAGAAUUAACUGUGGAAAAUCCAUUGGUUAUUUACGAAUUACGAUAUUCACGUAUUGCUGAAAGUUCAAUAUCAUUAUUACAAAAAUUCAUUAAUUCAAUAUUUAUUAAUCUUGAAAUAUUUAUAAAAGAAAAUCAUUUUUAUUGUGAUAUGAUAACACCAACAUCAUCUAAUCGUGUCAAUCAAAUAAAACGUAUUCAUGUAUGUAGUCAAAUAUUAAUUGCAUUAGAACUUUCAUGUUGGCUUAAUGAUUCAUAUUAUGCAUUACAAUCAAUUAUUUAUCUAUAUGGUUUAUUAACACCAUUAAUAUUUUAUAAAAUUUUUUAUUCAUCUGUAAAUCAAAUAUUUGAAAAAUGUUUAUCUGUAUUUGAAGAAAUUUCUCAACAAAUAACAAAACAACGUACACGUAUUAUACAAGAUAAUAUUCAUCAUAUGAUUGCAUGUAUAUCAUAUUAUAUGAGUCAAUAUUUACAACAAAAUGAUGAAAUUAAAUUAUCAAAUUUAAUUAAUCAAAUAGGAAAAAAAUUUUUAUCAUCGAUGCCAACAACAGAUACAAAUACACCUGAACAACUUGCAACAUCAGGUGCACAAGGACAAAUUACAUUAUCUGAUGAUAUUGCUGAACAAUUAAUACCAAAAGCUCAUUCUUCAACAAUUCAUAAUGAAGAACUUAAAGCAUUAGAACGUUUCGUAGCAAGAGAACGUACUCCACAUACAAUUCUUACUGGAAAUGAAGAUCCAACUGCUGUCUAUACUUUUAUUAAUGCAACAUCAGCUCGACAAAGUUAUAAAGAAGUUCAAAAGUUUCGUAAACGUCCAUCCUAUAUGGAAUAUCUUGCACAAGUUUUAGUAAAAUCUUUAAUUGAUUCAUCUAAUGAUGAUAUUCUUAAUUGGUAUGAUGAAAAUCAAACAUUUAUAUCCAAACGAAAUGAACUUAUUCUUGGACCAUGGCGUAUGAUAAUUAGUAAAGGAGAUGGUAUUAUAGCAAUUACUGGUAGUAAUGAAAAUAAAUAUGCUGCUGCAGUAACAGAAUUUAGUCCAGAACGAAAGAAAAAACAAGGUGGAAAAAAGAAACAAGCAAAUGUAACAAAAAAAUUGUUACGAGCAAGACCAGCUAAAUAUUAUUUUCUUAUUCCACCUAAUACACCAGAUACAGUUCGUAUCGAACUCGAACAACGUCAAAAACCCGUAAGUAUUACUAAUAUUUUCAUGAGUUACUACACAUAG